AUGAACCUCACGCGGCUGCAAGCCCUGGAAAGAAUUGACCCCAGACCACUAGCACCUUGGCGAGCCCAAUCUUUCACCGAUAUUGAAAUUGAGCCGGAUCGGGAGAAAGCACAGACCAAUGCUCUAGCAAGAGCGGCCACACCCAACAUUACAGUCUUUUCGGAUGCCUCGGGCAAAGAGAAUCAGCUAGGAGCCGCGGCGGUGGCUCUCGACCACAACCAGCGGAUCGUAGGGUCUCGACAAGUCAGCAUUGGUUCGAUGGAGUUCUGGUCCGUCUACGCAGCUGAGCUAAUGGCGAUCUACUACGCGAUCGGGCUGGUUUUUCAGCUCGCGCAGAAGAACCAGAGAUCCAGAGCAACAGACGCAGAACCAGCGACAAUCCUUAGUGACAGCAUGUCGGCCCUGCAGGUUAUCAAAAACUCCUGGAACAAAUCAGGCCAGCGUAUCAUUCAGGCGAUUCACCAGUCGGCCGGGGAGCUCAGGGCGCGAGGGAUCCCACUGCGACUACAAUGGGUUCCGGGUCACUGCGGCAACCCUGGAAACGAAGCAGCAGACCGCCUAGCCAAAGCCACGGUAGGGGGUGAAAAGAGACACCCCUUUAGACAUCUUCUGUCACGAGAGAAAAGGUACAUCCGCAGGAAUAUUAGCGACGAAUGGCACCAAGAAUGGAGGGCCUCUCGAAACGGAGGACAUCUCCGCCGCAUUGAUCGGGCCCUACCGGCCAACCGGACCCGCCGGCUCUACGGCUCGCUCCCCCGAAACCGAGCCUACUUACUCACCCAACUCCGGACCGGCCACUCAUGGCUGGCGACACACGGAAAACAGCGCGGGCUCCGAGACGAUGAGAAAUGUGAAUGUGGGGCAACGGAAACCGUGGUCCACGUGUUAAUCGAUUGCCCGCGGCUUAGUGGGCUACGCCAAGCCCUCCGACGGAAGAUUGGAGGGGCAUUCAACAAUAUUUCAGAUAUGCUGGGAGGAGCAGGACAAGGUAGGGAGGGUAGGUUCCAAGAUGGUCCGCAAGACAGUAGCGUCCUCGGGGCGGUCCUGGACUUUGCGGAGGCAUCGCAGAGAUUCCGAAGUCGCGCGCCACGAGGGCGGCAAAACACAACCCCAGGCACUGGCCACCACAGGCCUUGA